AUGAAAGUUCUGGAAUUGAACUUCUAUCUCCUCAGUAUUCUUGGAGUCUGGAAACCUCGACAUUGGCAUGGGAUAAAAGCAAUUUUUUAUCAUAUUUACCGAUCGAUUGUAGUAAUAAUCAACCACUUUCUCUUACUGUCCGGGAUCUUGGACCUUGAGUUCAAAAACGUUGAUCUCGAUGCCUUUGUCGAUAACUUGUCAUUGAUCUUCGCAAUGGUCGUCGUCCGCCAGAAAGUAAUCUGCAUGAUUGAGAAUCGCACAAGCAUCACUUAUGUCCUUGACUCGCUCGGAAAAGGUUCUUUUGAACUCCGAGAUCAUCAAGAAGAAGCCAUUUUCAAACGAUUCACCGAUUUUAUAAGAAACAUUAUCAUUUAUUAUCCACUAGUAAUUAUGAGCACGUUAAUGACAUAUUCUGCAGGGCACAUGUCAGUCAUGGAUUCACCGCAAGUUCUCCCGUACAACGGGUGGUUUCCCUAUAACUACUCGCGCACAAAUAAACUCUACUGGGUGACAGCUGUCUAUCAACUUUACUCAGUAUUCAGCAUGUCGACUAUUUAUUUGAUACUAGACUUGUUGCUACCCUGCAUAAUGUGCUACAUGUGUGGGCACAUCCACAUUCUGAGAUAUAGGUUUAGAGUAAUGACAGAAAAAUUGAAAGUAAUGCUAGAAAAUAAUAAUACACAGGAUGAAAUCAUUGUCGCUGAACGUAAAUUGAUGGCCGAGUGGGUCAGAUAUCAUAUUGAUAUUUUGAGUUUAGUUAAAUUUAUCAAUGAAAUAUUCUCAAGCGUGAUAUUUGUGCAGUAUACUGUAAGCUCACUUCUUCUUUGUACAAUCGCGUAUCUGCUGUCACACACAAAACCGACGACGAUGAGUUUUGCUGGUAACUUUGCAUUUAUAACUGCAAUGUUUUUUCAAAUAUUAUUGCCGUGUUAUUGUGCUGAUAAGUUGACUAUCGAGUUUUCAGAUAUAUCUACGGCAAUAUAUGAUUCGAAUUGGUAUUAUUUGAGUAACAAUAUCCGCAGAUCAGUUGUAAUUAUUCUUCGUCAAUCUUACCGACCGGUUGCAAUGACAAGCAGCUUCUUCAUAAUUUUAUCCCUUGAAUCCUUCACCAAGGUCAUAAAAGUUGCGUACACGAUUUACAAUGUGUUGCAGUGAAAUGUUAAAUACAUCUAACGAUAGUUGAUAUUAGAAUGAACAAAAAUGUUUACCGCAAUUAUGGAACGCGUGAUACGACAAUCAAGGAAUCAGCAGAUGUUGAUAUUUUUAGGACCUAUGAAGCUGUUUCCCUACCCUGACAAUUCUGAGGACGCGGUGAAAUCGCUGUAAAGAAGCAGUUCAAAUGCUGUUUGAAGACGGCGUUUUUUGUGCAGUCGCGACUCUAGAUUCGCAAUGCGUUUUCACGAUGGUUUUACGAUAUUUUACGUUGUUGUCACAGUCUUUUUACGACCAAGAACAAAAAAUUCCAUAAAAUAUAUGUACAGUAAUUACUUACGAAAUAAAUAAAAAGUAAUUACAAUUGGAUAUUCGCGUAUUCUAAUAGAUUAUAUUAAGAAGCAAGAGCACAAUUUUACUCCCGUACAAUACUGGCAUCUAAAAAAAAAAAUUACUACUUCAAUGAUGACUGAUAAUUUUGAUUUUAAGGCAGGUCCUGAAAACUGAACACCCAAUUGGACAAUGAUAAAUCGUGUAGGUAUAAUUCAAUUUUAAUCAUAAUCUCACUCAAGAAGAUCCACCAUUCUUUCAAAAUAAAGCAAAAGUCAGUUUUCCCUAAACAGUAUUAAAACAUAUUUUUUUUAAUUUUAUGGAAUAGUAUAUUGUGUGUGACAAGGGAUGAAACAAAACGAUUUCAG